CAAACAGUUGGACUGUCAUCCUAUUAUAAUCCGGGUUCUGAAAUUUGGGAACUUGUCAGCAAAUUAAAAACUAUAGCAUUUUACAAACCUAGUGAUAUUCCAUUGAUGUUUGAAAAAAUCCGAAGACAUAUAAAAAUGGAAGAUUUUGAAGAUGGUUCUCAUGAGGGCGUUUUUAAACUUCUGGACUAUUUUCAAGUGAAUUGGAUAGAAAAAUGGCCUAUCCGUAUAUGGUGUCAAUUUAAUCAACAAAUCAGAACCGAUAAUUUAAGUGAAUGUUAUCACUCAUCACUUGUCAAAAGGUUAUCAUGCAAAAAACCUACAAUCGGAAAACUAAUUAUUCAUUUAAUGAAAAUUGAAGAAAGCGAAAUAAACAAAAUAAAACAAAUGGAUUCUGGAAACAACCACUUUUAUAAAAGACCCACUAAAAUAUACAAUUUGACAUUAAACUAUUAUAGUAAUAGUAGUUCACAAAACAUUUUUCAAAAAGAAAUAAUUAAUAAUGUGGACCAUCUUAAAUGGACAAAAUUAUAUGAGUUGGACGUUAAUACACAAGAUACUAUUGAUCUCAAGAAAGAUUUGAUUAAUUAUCAAAAGUGUGAUGAAAAUUAUGUCGGUGAAAUUAAAGAUUAUGCAAAAUAUAAUUGUAUCAAUGACGAUGAUGAAUAUAUGACAGAAAAAAAUGACCAAUUAAUUAAUUGUGAUGGUGAUAAUUCCAAACAUAAUACUGAACAAAAGAGUACUAUCAAAGAUUGCAAAGGAAAAAGUGUUUGUGUUGAGUGUGAUAAUGGUAUAGAUGAAUUAAUAGAAACUGAAGAUAAAAACGUUUUGGUGAUUUCAAGAAUUACAAUUCAAAAGAAGAACGAAAUUGGUUAUAUAUGUCCUUGUCGCAGGAGGUUUGUUGGUGAUGGUAAACGUAAGAAAAAGUCAACAACUAAGAACAAAAAAGCUAAACGUAUAAAUAAGUCCAAAAAUGACAAUUAA